CCUAAAUAGUCAUACAUUCUGUCAUUGUGUUUCUUCUCCCUGGAAUCCCCUCAAGGACCCCUGGGGGUCCCAGGACCCCACCACUGCACUAAAGUACUGGUAUAUACAUUUAAAAAAAAAAAAAAAGAAACAAACAAACAAAGCAGAACCACUGGUGCUUUUAUUCUGAAGAACCAGGCUCGUCUCGGGCCGGAAGCUGUGAACUUGAAGCUUCCGGUCAAUAGAACGUCGGAUAACAACAACAGUUAGCAGUUAGCUGUUAGCAGUUAGCGUGGGGGUUAAACUGUAACCGGUCAGCGGCGCCGUUAAACGUGAGGAUUUAUUUACUGUGAGCGGGAAACCGGCGACUUCCGGCCGCCGUUUGAACAAAUUAACAGCUCUCCGGUUCACGCACCGAUGCUGGUGACGCGUCAUUUGACAUACACUGCCUGCCGCUGGCCACAGAGAACCGCUUUCACUGACUGCAUCAUGGUUAACCUCUGCUGCCUCUGCUGCGGUGAAAUCCCUCAACCCCGCCCCCCUCUGUCCGCCCAGCCGGGACCACCGCGGGAUCCCCGCUCCGUGCAGCAGCAGCCCGCUGGCUCCAGACCAGCUGCGGGGCUGAAAGGGGGAGCAAACGGAGGGAAACCUAGAACAGAGCAAGUUAAUAAAGAGGAGUGAUCUUUACAAUCUGACAUGCGAAAAGUGCAGGAUGCUCUCCUCCGAUCUGGACUCUGCGGAAGACACGGGAGCCAGCGCUCCCAAUGAUGCUGAGGGAGAGCAGCACGGGGAGGAAGAGGAGGAGGAGGGCUCACCGGCUGAGAGUGAUGUCCAGGAGGAGCAGCGUCCAGUGAAGCAGUCCCUGGGUGCUUGUGUCUGCCGUGAGUCCCAUUGGCGCUGCCUGCUGCUCUCCCUGCUCAUGUACAGCUGCCUGGGUGCGGUGGCCUGGUGUCAGCUGACCCGGGUCACGAAGAUCAGUUUCAAUUCCGCCCUCACCUCCUCCUUCACAGCCUCCUUCACCUCCUCCCUCCGGGGAGCCUCUGGGAUGGGAGUUGGUGGACACUCAAUGAUCUACCACGACAGCCCCUGCUCUGACGGCUACAUCUACAUCCCUCUGGCCUUCCUGCUCAUGCUCUACGUCUUGUACAUGGUGGAGUGCUGGCACUGCCGAGCUCGCAGCGACCUGCAGUGCAAAGCAGAUGUAGACAGCGUGUAUGAGCGCGUGCUGCAGAUGCGCCAGGCCCAGCCUUGCAUAUGGUGGAAGGCUAUCAGCUACCAUUUUGUUCGGCGGACGCGGCAAGUCACCCGGUACCGUAACGGGGACGCCUACACCACCACACAGGUGUACCACGAGAGGGUCAACACGCAUGUGGCUGAGGGCGAGUUUGACUACAGCCACUGUGGGAUGAAAGAUGUAUCUCGUGACCUCAGAGGAUUGGAGGGACAUCCAGCAACUCGCCUGCGCUUUACCAAGUGUUUCAGCUUCACCGAGGCCGGACCAGAAAACGAUUACCUCAACCAGCGAGCCAGGUUCUUCUCUGAAAUCGAGGGUUUGGAUGAUUACAUGGAGGCCAGGGAGGGGAUGCAGCUGAAGAAUAUGGACUUCAGGGAAAACCUGAUAGCUUAUGUACACCCAGACAGGAUGCCUUGGUACACUUCACAGGUAGCCUUCUGGCUGGCAGCUCUCCUCAUGCUGUCCUGGCCUCUGAGAGUGCUAAUAGAGUACCGCACUGCAUAUGUUCACUACCGAAUAGAGAAACUGUUUGGGUUAGAGUACAGCCACAGCAGCCCUUCUCCUCUUGAUGAAAACAGGCCUGUUGGGAAUAAUACUGGCUGCAUUAUUCCAAGAGUAGACACACUAGACAGCACUGAAAUGGAGUGGCACAUACGCUGCAACCGCCAGGUGAUUCCCAGCUACUCAGAGGCCAUGCUGAUAAACAUGAGCACAGCAGACUCGAACUCUUUACACGACACCGAAUACACCACAUCCUCCAACUGCUUCCUGUUGGACAGCAGCCAAACGACUCAGAGUUACGGAGCUCUCCAGAGCCAGGACGACUGCGAGCAGUGCAGCGUGCUGAGCGGACAAGGGGACGGAUGGGGAAGGAGGAGGACCAUCACCAGCUCCAGCUGCUCCUCCAUCUUCUCCUGUCGGGGAGCGCUGUUCCACUCCCACCUGUCCUCGGACACGUCUCGUUUCUCGCUCUGCCGCAUGUACGGCUCCCACCGCACCGUGGCUCCGUGGAGGAGCCGCAGCAGCAACCUGACGGAGCCCUGCUGCGUGGACGAGCAGUGCUGUUGCUCAGACUCCAGUCAGCUGGCGCUCAGUGAUAGUCCACCCACUUACAGGGAUGCCCGGUUCUUCCCGGUUCUCAUUGUGCAUCGGUCUGACGGCUGUGGCAGCGAGGAGCGGAGGGAAGUGCGGCAUUACUACAUACGGAGAGGGUCGUCGUGUGUGGAGACGGCUCUGUGAAGGAUAAACAGAGACUGAUUGAUUAGUUAAGAGAGAUGAGAAAUGAGACAAUUAGUGAUAUAAGAGGGGGAAUUGUGCUCUUUCAGGAAACACUUGAAUAUGAACUAAAAGAAACUUAAAUACAGACUUUAUAUUUUUGAUCUGUCACCAAAAGUUCAAAAAAGUCUUGCUGUUGUAUCGCACAUGUCCACACUACAGCUACAGGUGUGGGGCAAACAGUGUGUUGUGUCACACCUGGGCAGUGUCGUUCUCUGUCAGGAGUGUGUGUAACUACGGUAAUAACUGUUAAAUCUGAUACCUGCCACUGAUACACAAAACUGCACGAUCUGAGCAUCCCACUGUGUUUACCACCCAUAUUUUUCAGAAAAGUUUGAUCAUGGGAAACAAAACUUAACCACUUCUUACACUGACCUUAUUUGUGUUAAGUAUGUGUGUAGGAAUACUUGCUGAAAAUUGGCAUAUACAUCCCUGUCAGAGGUAUAUGUAAGAAUACUACAAAAAAAAGAAAAGUUGCAUGUUAUUACCAAAGGUAUUGUCUUUUAGUUAAUUAAUAGACAGCAAGGUGAAGCCAAAGAGUAUUUUUUUUGUUUCCAAAGAAUUGUAUUGAACAUUAUAAAGUAUUUAUUGAUGAGAGAUAUGCUGAAGUGAAUGUCAAACUGUAAGCAAUAAAGGUCACUCUGAAGGAUAACUUCAUUCCGUUCAAUUAAUU